GCAUUAAAACUUCAGUCGUUACAGCACUUGCUUUUCUCCUGCUUGUGUGUGCAGUCAUCAUCAGUGUAUUUGUCAGUGUGUGUUAAUUUUCAAGAGAGAAAGUGUCAUUAUUUUAUCUUUAAACGGUGCUUACUUAUCUCCAGGCAUUGCUUGUUUUAGCAAUACUUUUGCUAAUGGCUUUAUCACCUCAACUUUUUGGGGGUGCUGACUAAUGAUGCAUAGUUUGCAACUAAAAUGCCCCUACUGCAUGGGAAAAGAUUUGCAAAUCUCCUUGGCUCCAUGGAGCUGGUUGUGGUUUCUGAGAUGGCUGGUUAUUUCGCUGAUUUCUUUAGUGACUGUUGCCUUGGCAGCAAAGGUCCUCGCUUAGAGAAUAAAAGCACUGUGCAAGCAUGAGGAAGGCAUUUGGGAUCACUGGUCUAGAUUUUCCUUUUACAACAGCGUUCCUUCCCUUCUGUAAAUACUUCUGUUCCCUUUUCCCCAUCUUCCACCCAGGCCUUCCUUCAUUCAGGUGCCAAAGGGACAUCAGUGGGUCUUUUUCUGCUGUUUCUGUCUUGUCAGUGUUAAUGAUGGAAAGUAAUGCUUUUUGCUGCCAGUUUAGAAGUAGUAAGGUGUGGUGUGUUAAAUUGCAAGCCAGCUUUUAGAGCACGAUGACAGUUCUGUGGCCCACACAGCCAUCCCAGAGGCCUCUGCUGUACUUCCUGGGGUUGUCCAUCACUUGCUCAGCAGUGAACACAUGGACUUUGAAAUGAAAACCAAGAUCAUGACAUGUAGUGUGGGUCCUUAGUUAUCCUCCAAGCAGACCUGUAGGUGGAAAAUUGCGGACUCCUGCACCUUGGCCAGCAGGCCGAGAGCAGAGUUAUAGGCAGCAGCUGGUGUUAUUGCAGGCAGAUCUUGUCCUUUAAUCAAAGAGCCAUUUGCUCUCCAAUUUGGUUGUUGUGCUCAACUGCAUCUCCCAAAAAUGACGCAAAAGAGAUCUUGUUCUAUGAGGUUUCCUCGUGCUUAUAGAAUCUCCUGGUGUAACUGUGAUUUUGGUAUUCCAACCUCUCUGUGAUUGAAGUGGUGGAGGGAAACGCUUCACUUACCAGCACUCCCUGUUUUGAAAAUGGAAGAGGAUCUGAAGAAGAAUGCCAACAUGAAUAUGAAGUGAACCAUUUGCUACACUUGUCACAGCACCUUGGUGCUCACAUCAAAUGGUUAGAGACAGGGACUUGCCUCUUGCCAAACUGCUUCCUCAGAGAAGAUGAAGCCAAGGAGGAGCUUUCUGAUGCGCUGGAGCCGCAGUGACUGCAGCCCACUUUAAAAUUGAUGUAAAACUGUGCCCCAGCUGCCUGGCAGGAUGAAAGAAGUGGUGUUGUGGUCACCUGAGGAGGUGACGAAUUGGCUAAUGGAAAAUGCUGUGCCGGAGUACUGUGAGCCAUUGAAAAGCUUCACCGGGCAGGAUUUGAUCAACCUGACGGAGGAGGAUUUCAAGAAGACACCUCUCUCCCGAGUGUCGUCCGACAGUGGCCAGCAGCUAUUGCACAUGAUCGAGACUUUAAAAAUGGCUCAUCACAUAGAGGCUCACAAAAAUGGGCACGUCAAUGGGCACAUCCGUGUCAGCAUGAAAAAUACCACACAAGAAAAUGGCUUUAGCAGUAAAACAAAGCUGAACGGUGUGCCAAAUGGUUAUAAGAAGGAGAUGAUAAAGAUCCCCAUGCCAGAGCCAGAGCGCUUGCAGUAUCCCAUGGAAUGGGGGAAGACUUUCCUGGCUUUUAUUUAUGCACUUUUUUGUUUCAUCUUUACCACAGUGACUAUCUCAGUCGUUCACGAACGGGUGCCUCCCAAGGAGGUGCAGCCUCCCCUACCAGAUGCAUUUUUUGAUCGUUUUGAUCGGGUGCAAUGGGCCUUUUCUAUUUGUGAAAUUAACGGCAUGAUCCUUGUAGGACUGUGGUUUGUUCAGUGGCUGCUGUUAAAAUACAAGUCUAUAAUUAGCAGAAGAUUUUUCUGUAUAGUUGGCACAUUAUACCUGUAUCGGUGUAUUACAAUGUAUGUAACUACACUCCCAGUACCUGGCAUGCAUUUCAAGUGUUCUCCAAAGCUUUUUGGAGACUGGGAAUCUCACCUGCGAAGGAUAAUGAAACUGAUUGCUGGCGGAGGAUUGUCCAUCACAGGAUCCCACAACAUGUGCGGCGACUAUCUGUACAGUGGUCACACUGUCAUAUUAACUCUUACGUACUUAUUUAUCAAAGAGUAUUCCCCACGGCGACUCUGGUGGUAUCACUGGCUUUGCUGGACACUCAGCAUGGUUGGGAUGUUCUGCAUCCUCCUUGCUCAUGACCACUACACUGUGGAUGUGGUGGUGGCUUACUACAUCACUACAAGACUUUUCUGGUGGUAUCACACAAUGGCCAACCAGCAAGUGCUAAAAGAAGCUUCCCAAACCAACCUCCUUGCAAGGGUCUGGUGGUACAAGCCUUUCCAGUACUUUGAAAAGAAUGUCCAAGGAAUUGUACCUCGCUCCUAUCACUGGCCUUUCCCCUGGCUGGUGCUGCACCGGGGAAGGCAGGUGAAAUACAGCCGGCUGGUAAAUGACACAUAACAGCGUGUCGGCGGACAGAGGAAUGGGGGAAAGGGCCUGUCCCAAGUGCUAAGAACUCCAUGCAAGAAGAUGCCAUAAAAAAAAAUCCAACAACAAAAAACCCCAACCCCUCCCUAACGCUUUCUUUUAACAGUUCCCUUGACUUAACCUUUUCAGUUACCUGGUAAGCACUGUGAUCUUUUUUUUCUCUCCAAAGGAUCUGCGUUGGACAACAAUAAAGAAAAUUUAACUUAUCACGUACUGUUAUACAUUUCUUGUUAAUAGAUUUGGGAUUUACAUUGCCCAUCACCAUGUUCCUUUGUAUAUGAUGCGACAGCAUAAAUGAAAGCUUUUAUAUCAUAAGUUCUGGUCUUUCCAGUCACGUCUGGGAAUAAUGCAUAUUAUUUUCUUGGGAAAACAUACUUUUCAUAUCUCUUGCCCCAAAGAUUGGGCUGUAAGCCAUUUUCUAGCUAAUGACUAUGUGAAGGUUUCUGAAUACCUGCCUUGGGUAAAAUCGAGAAAUCUUUCUACCUGUUGCACCGCGAUACAAACAAGGUGAUAGACACAGGAAGGCUUGGUAAUCUUGAUUUUGUAGAAUCUGCAGUGACUGUGUCAAAAAGUGAAAAAAAAAAAAAAAGGGUUGUAAAGUGAUUUUCUAAGUAUUUCCUAACUUUAUUUUUCAAAAUGUGUAUGAAAAUUAAAUUUAAAAAGAUUUUUACAUGUCAGAGAAUAGAGUUAAAAUUUAAAGAAAAUGCUUCUUGGGAGAGAGAGAUUUGUCUAUGUUUCUAGUGCCUUUCUUGUCUUGAUUGUAUGGUCAGUAGGCAGUCUUAAAUGUUUUUAUUUAAAAUAAAGUAUUCCAUGAAAGCAGAAUUAUAUAUACUGUAUAAUUACUAAUUUUUGCAUUUAUAGCUAAAUUAAACUGGAAAUUUGCUUAUAAUGUUGAAAUUGCCAUGGGUAGGGACAAACCAAAUAAGAAGGGUCAGAUCUUGUUCACACAUUGUGAGCAGAUCGUACUAAAAGAAAUCACUUUAUUGUCUACUUGGUAGCUGUAUUUUAAUGAGAAAACAGCCAUGAAUUCCUGUUAAGAAUUUUACAAGUGAUCACUGAGUGAACUACGAAUGGUUUCUCCAUCCCAUAUUGAGCUGUUGUUGGAAAAACAACAAAGAUAAUCUAUUUCUUUAAAAUAUUUGUGCAGAAACUGCAUGUAACUAUAAGUUUCACUCCUACCAUACAUACUGUAUGUUUGGGGAAGUAUUCUAUUCUAAACUUGCCAAUGUGCAGAACAAAAUAGUUUUUUUAAGAAUGAAGAAGAGAAAAAAAAAUAUAAAUAUAUAUAUAUACAUUCUGUAUUUUACGUGAAGCAGAGUUAUCUUCUGUAGGGUUUUUGUGUAUUCACAAGGUGAUAUUUGUAUUGUAAAACAACAACGGUGAAGGAAAAUAAAAAGGCUUUUGAAAAAUGUA